GCAUGUCUGCUUUUUCUGUCCUUCUGUCUCCGUCUCUCUGGACUAUAUAUAUCUAUAUAUAUAUUUAUUUUUUUAUUUUUUUUAAUUUUCCUUGACAUGUAGAAGAAAAAAAGAAAGAAAAGAAGUUUGCAAAAGAUUCUCACGGAUAACAUGUUCUAACAUUGAUGGGAAGGCCCAUUUAGUCAUACUUUAGCUUGGUGCUGACUAACUUUUUCUGCAUCAGUACUGGUUUUACACUCUUCUUGUGAAACAAUCAAAAAUUCAAAAAUCUGCAAAGAUUUGGAAAUUUGGGGUCUGAUUACUUUCGCGAGAAUCCUAAAAUUUUUCUGAACCGCAGAAGUAAAAAGCCCUGUCAGAAAAAGCUGCUUUUUUUUUCGUAAGGUGAAAAGUGAAAAACCCGAGGGAAAAGCACAGCACUUUCUUAUCAAUUAUCAUCAUUCACUAUCUGGGUUCUGGGACUUGAACAUUUCCCAAGUUUUGAACUGUUUCAUGUGGAUGUUUCUGCGAUUCCCAUGGGAAUCUCUUGGGAUGUGGGUUUUUUGUGAUUUUGUUUGCCAAGUGUGAAUGCAAUGUUGGGAUUUUAGCCGUUGUACAAGAAACACAGCAAAUGGUCCCACAAAAGACAAGACAGCCUGUUCUGUCGGUCCUUGAGGGUUCUUCAAGUCUCGAGAAUCUGGAUUGGGUGGCUGAUUAGGGUUUUGUUUGGUUUAAAAUUUGCAGGGUGGUUUGUUUUUUUUGGGAGGGGGGUGGAUUUUCAAAUGGGUUGAGGCUUAUUGACAAUGCGCUUGUUCUGGUGGCAACAGCUGCCUCUGCUUCUUCUCAUCCAGAUUUUGGAACCCAGCAGAACAAGCUACAUAAUUUAUGCUGAAGCUCUACUAACUUUUAAGAGCGGAGGUGGAAGUCCUCAACUGUUUGAUAGUCGAAUUGGAAGAUGUUCUUGUCUAAGACAAUGGAAAAUUGUCAACUGUCACAAACUGAAGGACCCUUGCAUUUAUCCUCUGUUUUCUGGAAUCUGUUCAGUUUCUUUGUGGACUAACGCAGUCAGUUUGCCACCUUUUGCUCCAAGACUUUUCGUUACACACUCUUCAAUUCAACUACGAAAAGAGCACCAUAACCCAAGAAGCAGGAGGAUAGAAGCCAUAGUUGAUGGGGAUAACGGUACUCCAACACUCACACCUGUGGAAGAAGUUCGUGGUAACCAUUCAUCAAAACGGAAAAUUGCAGCAAUUACUGGUGGAGUUGUUGCCACUCUGCUUGUGAUUAUGAUAGUGAUGCUCGUUUACAUCUGCUUGUUGCGUGUAAAAAGAUUAACUAGGCGAACAUCUGAGACAGUAUCAUCUGCACCAUCACCCACUGUUCAGUGGGAAAGAGGGGACACAUCUCCCUACGCCGUUGCUCAUUCUCCAUACAGUGCACCAAACUUGAGGCAACUCACAAUAUUGGAACUGGAGCAAGCAACGCGCAAUUUCAAUGAAAUUAAUAUCAUAGGCCAAGGUAGAUUUGGUUUGGUCUACAAGGGAUUGCUCCAAGAUGGAACUAUUGUGGCUGUCAAGAGACGCCUACAUGCCCCAACUCAGUAUUUCUUUCAUGAGGUAAAGCACGUAGCUCGUGUCAACCACAUGCAUAUUCUCAGGCUUAUUGGUUAUUGUCAAGAUGCUACUCAACAGUUACUUGUAUAUGACUAUCUUCCAAAUGGAAAUGUUGGGAAUCAUCUAUACGAUGCUGAAGGUUUACCUAUUGGAAAGUUGGGCAUAAAGCAAAGGCUAUCGAUUGCUUUGGGUGCAGCCAAAGGACUUGCGCACCUUCACAGUUUGGUGCCUCCUCUUCUGCACAUGCAUUUUUGUACAAGCAAUGUUCUACUGGACGAAAGCAUUACUGCCAAGGUGUCUGAUUAUGGACUAACCAAAUUGCUAGUGGGUCAUCAUGCUGGCUCAUCUUCAGCCGUAGAUUGCUUUCUUGACCCAGAGUUGGAUUCAUCAAAGAAGUUUUCAGAGAGAAGUGACGUGUACAGUUUCGGGGUCUUCUUACUGGAAUUGAUCAGUGGACGUGAAGUGAAUGCAAGAAACCAGUUGAACUUGGGGGAUAAUUUAAUAGUUGCAGGUGAAGGAUUGCAAGGAUUUAGACAGAUUUGUUGAUAAAACAUUAGGUGACAUGUCAAGGCAAACUGCAAAACAGAUGAUGGAGCUGGCACUGAUGUGUGUAGAUGGGAGCGAACGAAGGCCGCAGAUGCAGAUUGUUGUGGAGGAGCUAGAACGAAUUCGUCAGGGGAGAGAAAGUAACCAUUUUCAUAUAGAAGUUGAUGAGGAGAUAGGUGCUGUGACUCUUGGGAGUGAGCUUUUCAAAUGAGUUCCUUGUAUCAGUGUCUUCUCUUCAUUCUUUUAUAGAUUUGAUUGAUUUGUAAUUAAUUACACAAGAAAAAUAUAUGAUACAUAAAAGCAUUGUUGAGUACAUGAAUCAAAUGAAAAUAGUAAAAGUUCAGGGUUCAA